AAAGUUUCAGCAUUAUAUAAACUUUAAUGACAAAAUGACUUUGUUGGCAAAAUGGAUUGAUAAAAAGAUAAAAGAUAAAUAUAUUCAUUAUUUUGAAUAUAAUGAAUUUAGUAAUAUUGUUGAAAUUGGUAGAGGAACUUUCGGUAGGGUGUAUAAAGCAGAAUUGGCUAAUACGGGAUUAGUCGCACUAAAAAGUUUUGUUGAUGAAUAUUCAAACAUUGAAGAAGAUGAACUCAAGAGAAUUGAUGAAGAGUUUGUCAACGAAUUAGAACUCCUUCAUGAGGUUGAUUGUCAUCAAAAUGUCAAUCAUAUUCUAGGGAUAACAAAAGUUUAUAGAAGCUAUAUUUUGGUGUUGGAAUACGCUAAUGAAGGAAAUUUAAGAGAUUAUUUGAUAAAUAAAUUUACUUCGUUGGAAUGGAAAGAUAAAAUUCAAAUGGCAUUGGAUAUUACUUGUGGAUUGAAAUUUUUGCACUCUAAAGGAAUAAUUCAUAGAGACUUGCAUUCAAAAAAUAUAUUAGUAAAUAAUGGAAAAUUAUCAAUUGCUGACCUUGGAUUGUCUAAAAAGUUGGCAGAAGCUGCAACUAAUUCAAUAGCUAAUAAAAUGGGAAUAAUUGAAUAUAUUGAACCACAAUGUAUCAAGUCU